AUGGAAUCGGAAUUGAAACCGCCAUCCGAAGCUGAUGAUAAAGAAGGUUGUACUACUCUUUUUGUUACCGGGGCUGCAGCCUGUUGCACUCCCAACAACAGCGAAGACGACCACACCAGACGCGCCGUUUUGCUGUUUGAAAGCCUUGGGAGUAGAAUUUUCUCGCCAGAGUCGGAUCAAUCAGAAGAGUGGGAACUCCUUAGAAAGGAGUUUUUGGAGCCCUUGGACGAGCAUCGUCGACGCAUGUAUUUCAUUCGGAAGCCCUGUGUGGUUAAGAAGUAUUUGGAGGAGGUGAAAGCAGGCGGCAGCAGCAUCAUAAAGCCGGAUGCACUGCUUCCAAAUGAUAUCAUAAGAUACGUAAAAGAUAAGGAUGUCAGCGAGGCAGCUGAGCUUCAGUGGAAGGCAAUGGUGGAGGACAUGUACCUAAAGCAAAAGCAGGGGAAGGAGGGUUCGGGCAAAUUUAAAAACUGCUUGGCAGUUUGUAACAUCACCGAUUUCAUGGGCGUGCCAAUCAUAGAAUUGGCGGCGAGCUUGGGAAUUUUGGUGUCUGAACUAACUGAAGAGCCGGCAUGGAAACAAAAGGUGAUCAGUCUCAGUCCAUUACCCGAUGAGCGGCCGCUGCUGCAUUCCUUACAAGGCAGUGAUCUCAAGUCCAAGUACGAGUUCAUGAUGAGGACAUGCAUCAGCAAGCACAACCAGGGUGUUGAUUUUCAGGUGGUGUGUGAUUUGAUUCUGGAAGUGGCUGUGAAUGAGAACUUGAAGGCAGAGCAGAUGAUCAAGAAGGUGUUUGUGUUCACAGACCAGGUAAGAUUUGGUGGCUGCAGCACAUCCUGCAAGACUCCGUAUGAGGAAAUGCGGAGCAAAUUUAGGGAGCAAGGGUAUGGGGAUGAUGCGAUGCCACACAUUUUGCUUUGGCAGAUUUACGACUUAGGGGGGUGGAUGUCCCGUAUAGAAGAACCUCACCCACGGGUGACACUGUUGGCUGGCAUCUCCGACACAUUGAUUAAGUCCUUCUUGGACAAUGGUGGGGAAAUUGGCCGACGCCAUCUCAUGGAAGCAGCCAUAGCUGACGAAGAGUACCAGAACCUCUGUGUGGUCGACUGA